GGAAGGCCCUGAGGCGCUUCCCGUCGCUCGGAAGCGGCGCUGUGCGGGCACGGUGCGUGCGGGGCUGUCCCGGGGCUCUGCCCGCUGUACCCAGGGCCCGGCGGCGCUGAGCGGGGCCGGGAGCAGCGGUGCCAUCAUGAUCCUGCGGCAGAUCCUGCGGCUUUCCUCCCUUUUCCGCUCCGCUGUGUCCGUUCACGUGCGCAGGAACAUCGGGCUCUCGGCCAUUGUCUUCAACAAGACAAAAGAACUCGACCCGGUCCAGAAGCUCUUCUUGGACAAGAUCAGAGAGUACAACACGAAGAGCAAGCAAGCUGGAGGGCCUGUUGAUGCAGGACCCGAGUUUCAGAAAGACAUGAAUGAAUCCCUUGCAAGGCUCCAACGGGCAUAUGGUGAAGGAGAUCUCACCAAGUUUCCAGAAUUUAAGUUUGAGGAGCCCAAGUUUGAGGAGGCUCCGAAGUGAUCUCAGCAGCUUGUACACCAAACAGAAGUGAACAGCCAUGGAGUGCUGAACAUGGCACCAGCUGUAAUUUAAUAAAUGUAAUGCUUCAAUUUGA